UUAAUUUGCUCUCAUUGGAAACGAUAGGCUGUGGUCUUUCUUGGGUUAGUUAUAUAAAAAAAAAACUUUGGUAUACAGUUUGGAGAAAAAAUUGGGGGCAUUUUAGCAAACACUUUGCCUAACCUUAAUCUAAUAAUGUCCUGAUGUUCUGUCACGUUAAUUAUCCAAAUAUUCUGCGUACUUUCUAACUUGCUACGAAAAGUUAAUUUGGACAAAAACAGUAACCCUUCUAGCCAAAUCCUUGCCUUCCCGCGUCUGGGACAACUACUCUCAUUGUUAAACGGGGACACGGCCGUCUCAGUAUUUCUGACGACUAGCUUCCCGUUGCUGGUUACCUUGGUUAUUAUUCUAUGCUAAUGAGUCUGAGGGCAACAUGGCUACAUCUUACAACACGUACCAGUCAGAAACAACAUCGAUUAUGGCCGUUGUUGUCGAGGCGGCAAUUACAGAAAUUAACAAACUUUGGCCAAACUCUUACGCUAACGUUAGCAAUCCGGAGAGAGAGCUUUGCACAAUUAUGAAUCUGAUGAUGGAUGAGGCUAUUCGUAAAAUCUGCCAACUAUUCCUAGUGGCUUCCUCGAGUUUACAAAAUGAGAACGUGAAACUGAAGACCAAGGUGGAGCAGAUGUCCCAGUUGUUUGAAAACAAUACACAUCCUGGUAAAAGUCCUGCAAAGGUUUGCUGUAAAUCCACAGAGAUGUCUUCAUUGGAGAAUGACUACUCUCUGGGAGACACAGAUGGACUGAAUACAGACCCCUCCCCAAGAGAGACUGACUCCAACGUUGAGCAUAUGAGAGCUGCUCUGCCAGGGAGCAACGAGAGAGACGGCCAUGAAAGCCAGAAAAACAACAAUACUACUAAAGGGACACGAUCCAAAGAAACCAAACGCUUCAAGUGUGAUAUUUGUGAGAAGACCUUUAGCCGGAACAAACGGCUGAUACAACACAAGCUAACUCACACAAGACCCUUCAAGUGUGAUGUUUGUGAAAAGACCUUCAGCAUGGAAGGGUCACUGGAAUCUCACACACUAACUCACACAAGACCCUUCAAGUGUGAUGUUUGUGACAAGACCUUCAGCCGGAACCGCUUGCUGGUACGUCACAAGCUAAUUCACACAGGAGAGAGGCCAUUCGCUUGUGGUCAAUGUGGCAAAACAUUCAGAAUGUCCAAGCAGCUUGAACAUCACAUGUUGCGUCACAGAGAAAAAACAUUCAGUUGCAAAGUUUGUGGAAAUACAUUCUCUACCAAGAAAGAUCUGAAACGACAUCAGCUUGUUCAUGCAGUGGAGAGACCGUUCAAGUGCCUGACUUGUGGAAAGGGUUUCACAUCAAGAAAACUGCUUAUUGAGCACGAGAGAAUCCACACUGGUGAAAAACCAUACAGCUGUGCUGUGUGUGGGAAGAGUUACACACAGAGUGGUGGCCUGAGUUAUCAUAUGCGAACACAUACAGGUGAACGUCCGCAUUCAUGCUCAGAGUGUGGUAAGCGCUUUAUGACUAAAUCCAGCCUUGAAAGACACAAGGUAAUUCAUACAGGGCAGAAGCCAUUUACAUGUGAGACGUGUGGAGCUGCUUUCGGCCAUAAAGGAAACCUUGUGAGACACCAAGUGCUUCACACAGGGGAGAGACCUUACAAAUGUAAAGUGUGUGGGAAAAGCUACCUUCAGUCCACCCUCUUAAAAGCUCACAUGCACCGUCAUGGGGCAACCAAACCAUUUAUGUGUGACCUAUGUGGGAAGACUUUUAUGUACAAUUUUCUAAUGAGACGACACCAUCUAAAAUGGCACACAGCUGAAGGAGAGAAGCAGAAAGAACGAGAGAGAAAAGAGAGAACGAGAGAGAGAACCGCCAAGAGAGCGGGAACCUCAACAAAGCCAUUCAGUUGCGACGUAUGUUUGAACGGCUUCAGCUCCAUGCUAACUCUGAAAAACCAUCAACGAAUUCACACUGGACAAAAGCAAUACUCUUGUUCCAUUUGCGGAAAGACCUUUGCCUAUAAAAAUACUUUUGACUACCACAUGAGACUUCACAGUGGGGUGAAGCCCUACGCUUGUAAAUUCUGUGAAAAGAAAUUUGUUCUUAAGCAAGCUCUAGAAGGACAUGAGCGAACCCAUACUGGUGAAAAGCCCUUCAAAUGCAGUUAUUGUGACAAGACUUUCUCAGUCGGCACCAAUCUCAAAAGGCAUGAGCGAGUCCACACGGGAGAGAAGCCAUUCAAAUGUGACGUCUGCGGGAGAGGUUUCGGCCAAGCCAACAACGUCAAAGCCCACAUGCAAGUCCACACUGGAGUUAGGCCUUAUUAUUGCAAGAGAUGUGGAAAGGGCUUUUCUGACAUAAGACACUACAAAAACCAUAGCUGUAAUGGUGUGGCAGCAACACGUGAUCGGUCUCGUAAAUCUUCAGACCGUUCUUUCAGAAAUAAAGGAGGUGAAGACAGCAGUGCUUGCCAUAAUGCUGCUGUGAUGUCGACUCAGUGAUAUAAUCUCUCAUUCACAGUGGGGCAACUUCCUGCUUUCAGACAUCAGGAACAAUGGGGAUGUAUUCAGCAGGGUGAAAAGUUCUGGGGUGAGUUUCAAGAAAGCCUUGUAGAAAAUGAGAUGCAGGCCGCCAUAAUGCUUGGAAAGUUUAUGGUCAAUGUUCAGUCUCAUAGAGGCAUUGUUUAUUUCUGACAGUAUGCCGAAUUGGUUCCGAUAUGUUAUUUUUUUCUAUUGUGUAAAUCAUUAAAUGUAAUUUGUGUGAAAGGA